UUUCCCUUCUUUCUCAUUGUUGGUUGUACUCUGUUUCCUCGUGACAUUUGGCUACGUUAGAUCGCCGAUUCAUCACUGAGGCACCUCUUUGGUGUGGAAUCUCGCUGUGAGCUUUGUCUUUACAUGAUGAGCUGCAACUCGAACUCGAAUCUGCAGGACCACUUUUGUCUGUACGAUACUUAUCGCACCUCGCUUAUUUUAUGUAUUUGUGUUUCCGAUCAUUAUGUCUCCUACUCGCCUCUAGAUGACGAGUCAGGUUCUUUUAUCACUCUGCCUUCCUGUACAUAUGUUUCAUCUGGUUCUGCAUCGAGAUCAGGUGAGAUGAUCAGGGCGUUCGACGGACAUGUUGCACGGGUAUCAUGUUUCUGGCGUUUCUGGCAGGUUUGGGCUAACAUGCAGCUAGUCGGUCAUCAAGUUCAUUCUAGGCUGCACCAUUCUCACCAUCGUGGUAUAUCCAGGUUUAAACCGGUGGAGAUCAGCAUAUGCUACAGCACCGAACAAUCUUCUCUCUCGACGUGGUGUGAUCCUGGCAAUGCCACCCGGCAUCUGCAUUCCUGGCGCCAACUGCCAAGAUCUUCGCAGCUCUUUGUGCGCUUCUGAUGUCUGCGGGCUUGUCUUUGGUCACGUCACUUGUUGAGAAUGAUCGAUGCUGUCCGUUCACUUGGCCUAAACGCUGAUGUGUCUAUGGUCCAUCUUCGCGGGGACAUUUGGCA